AUGGAAUGCGCGCGUAAAUUGGUCACGAAUCUCCUUUUGUUUCUCGUCUUUAACCAAUCAAUACUUCGCGGUGAAACUGCGACAACGGUCAAAUCGGACUUGGAAUGCGAGUUCCCGCCAAAACGGGAGGAGGAUUUCACGCACCUAAGAAGAAAAAGACUGACGACAGAGACCGGGCUUGUUUGCUUGGAGGACUACCCGUAUACUGUAUCUAUAAGACUGCACGGCAAGCAUUGGUGCGGUGGCGCUAUUGUGGGGAAGCUUUGGGUGCUUACAGCGGCCCAGUGUUUCGAUUAUGUAUCUAAGGAAGAGGUCACGGUGCGAAUGGGUUCCGUGUUUCGGGACUUUGGCGGGCGAAUUUUGGCGGUGACUGAGAUACAGAGGCAUCCGGAAUACAAAAUGGACCAGUACUAUCCCGAGCACAAUUUGGCCAUGGUCAAGGUGAACGUGCCCAUAGAGUACAACAAUAGAAUACAGUCAGUGGCCAUCGCCGCCGCAGAUUCGCCGCUGCCGUCCCUUUACGGCGAGACUAUCGUCACCGGUUACGGAUCAGUUGUGACUGGCCAGAUCAGGGAGGGUGAAAACCAGGAGCUGAGGCGCAUGAUAGUUCAGGAGGUGCGGCGUCCAGAGUGCCGUCUGGUGUACGGGAAUGACUACCAUCUUCAGUACGACCACAUGUGCCUCAAGAGCGUGAUGAAAGGCGUUGCCCUAUGCGCCGGGGACACCGGCGACCCGGCGGUGCAUUUUAGCGGCAUGAAUCGAGCUGGCACUCUGUACGGGAUCGCACUAUUCUCCGGAACGGAAGAAUGCGCUUACAAAUCAAAGCCAGGAAUAUUUGCUAAGGUAUCCUUCAGUAAAAAGUGGCUUGAAAAGGUUUUGAUGGGCAAUACGGAAGCACUUGAAAGCGCUGACAGCGGGGAAAAUGAAAUACCAGUUGAUAUUGUAAAUACUGACAAU